GGCAGCGAGUGAGCUCUGAAAACUUCCUGUCCCAGGAUGCCUAGGGCUUCCCAAGCCGCUUUGCGAAGGCACGGCGGGGAAGGUGUGAAUGUCAGCAGAAAGGCGUGUUGUGGAUUGCGACGCUUUUGUCCCUAUCGUGAACAGUUUUCUAGGAACAUGAUGUGUACUCUUCUGCGAGCUAUGCACUAUGCGGAGAAGAUGCACGGGUCCGCGGGAAAGAGAUUUUUAUCAUACUUAGUGCUCAACAAAGCUUGUUUGAAAACUGGGUCCCGUUUGAGAUGCGGGCUGCGAGAGCAGAAAAAAAUGGUGCAACCUAAACCAGUAUUUGGAGUCGUCCAGAAAACCAUCGGGACUCAGACACGGAAUCCCCAGAAAGCAAAAGAGGACAGCAGCAAGCAAGUGUCUGUGCGCAGAGGUCAAAGUGGAGAAACCACCAUCUCCACAUCUCAGAAAGUGAAAGAAGCUGGAAGAGAUUUCACCUACCUCAUAGUGGUGCUCUUGGGAAUCAGCGUGACAGGUGGCUUGUUAUACACGAUUUUCAAAGAACUUUUCUCUUCAUUCAGUCCUAAUAUUAUAUAUGGGAAAGCCUUUGAGAAAUGCAGAAUACAUCCUGAGGUGAUCAGUGUCUUCGGUGAACCCGUCAAAGGCUAUGGGGAGAUGACAAGACGAGGUCGGAGGCAGCACGUCAGUUUUAUCGAGUAUGUAAAAGAUGGGCUGAAACACAUGCGAGUGAAAUUCUACAUUGAGGGCUCCAACCCUGGAAAGCAAGGAACGGUGCACGUGGAAGUGAAGGAGAACCAGGAAAGUGGAAAGUACGAGUUCCGGUAUAUAUUUGUGGAAGUAGACUCCUAUCCUACAAGAACUAUUGUCAUAGAAGAUAACCGAUUCCAAGAGAGUUAAGAGGAUCAAGGCAGCUGCUCUCUCCUGAUGGCUGUGGAGGGGCACAGUCUCCGCUCUCUUCCAGUGUCUUCAGAACAAGGCAGGAAAGAACACCCUUGCAUAAUGCACACAUAAAGGAUAUUUGGUGUGUUUAGACAAACCAAAUUGGAAACUUUCCUUGUGAAAAAUCAUGAAAUGGAACAAAUUUUACAUGAUUAUGUCAAGUUGUCAAUUAGGACAAGUAUUUCAGCUCUGCUUUCAUGAUGAGAAUUUUUUGUUACUGAAAUUUUUACACUAUGUAAAUAAAAUACAUUUCAGUAUUUUAAGUU